AUGGAUAAUAUAAAAGAUAUAUCAUCGGCUCCGGCGCCACCCCAAGUGGUCCAUGAGCCUCCUGAGGAGGAUAAGCAAGUUCAGUCACCCACACAAGAUCAGAAACGUGUGGAGCAAGUGUCAUCUCCUAUUUCUGCAAAUACGUCGUUAUUUGAAGUUCCUGCUCCUCCAUCUGCUCCUGAUAGAGACGACCCCAAGCUACCAAAAGAGGAGGAAGAGGAGAUGUUUCACGCCUUGCAAAGCAUAUUCCAGAGCGUGGAAGAGGAAGACGGGAGCUUUGGCGUCAAAGGGUUGUUGAAUCCUCUGGAUGAAGUGGAUGGAGAAGCUUGCUGCGGCCAAAGGAACCUCAAUAUUUUGAAGGGGGUGAUGGAUAAACUUGGUCUUCUCUGGAGAAGCGGUUCUACUUACAUGACUCGAGCUGCUGAGGUGCUAGCGAAUGGAUGUCGAGACCCUUCGUGGCGGGUACCGUAUGGUCAAAGUGGGAUAUUGGAAUUCUUUCUUCGGAUUAUUGCAACAAAUAACGUGGAUGACGAUAUCUUGCUACAUUCCUUGCGACUAAUUGGAAACUCCUGUGCCGAUACGAAUGAAAAUAGGCAGCUGGUCGUCGAUAAGAAUUACACACUUCCAAUCAUCAAACUAUUCCGGAAUCCCGCGGUGCUCUAUGUUGCUAUACCCGUGAUAUACAAUAUUUGUACUGAUUUUGAACCUGCACAAGCUCAAGUGGCAGCAAAUGGCAUUGGAUAUAGCCUCCUCUCUCUCCUUUCCGAAAGCCUCAUCGAAGAAAAUGCUCUGUUGACAUAUACGUUUGAACUCCUUGAAACAGCAACCGACCAAUCCCAAGGAGUUGCAAGGUCACCGGAUGACACUCUCCCAUUGAUCAUCAAUCUUGCAUCAGAUGAAGAUAUAGAUUUUAACCGUUUUGUAAACAUAAGCAACUGCCUUGCUUCGUAUUUGCAAAACGAGCGCUUUCAGAAUUUAAGCAUAAUUGGCAGGUUUGUCGAAGGAGUGACAUCCAUCCUUCGCCGAUCAUACGAUAUUGCCCCUCGCGAUCUUUCUCCAGAAGACGUUCAAAUACUCGCACAGCUGCGGUUGAGACUCAACCAAGCGCUCUCAGACAUCUCUGCCCUUCCGUUGUUCUCUCAGGAGUAUCCUCUCAGCAGUAAACUCUCUGAAACCCUGCGAUCGUGGCUUGAGGAACCCGAAGGCCAAUUGCAGGUAUGUGCCUGCGUCAUGCUCGGCAAUCUAGCCCGGGAAGAUGCCAUAUGUAUAUCGAUGGUUCAAGAUUUCAAAAUUCAUGCACCUCUGAUAUCAAUUCUCAAUGGCAAUACCAUAGGCGCUGUUCUGCACCCCGUCCUAGGGUUCCUGAAGAACCUCGCCAUCGCUGGCGAUAACAAAGAGCACCUUGGCUCAGCAGGAAUUAUCAAAGCAGUAUCUCGCCUCUGGGCAUUCGAGAGCGUUCCCCAAGUCCAAUUCUCAGCAGCCUGUCUCACACGCCAAGUGAUUGUCUCCUCGUUCUGUAACAUCUCCCGCCUGCUGGAACCCCUCUCCGCUGACCAUGAUUCCCCCUCAAAUUCCCGCACGUAUCUCUCUCUGCUCCUUUCCCUUUUUCAAAAAACCGACUCCACCCCCAUCAAGAUUGAAAUCGGCCGCACGAUCUGCGCGAUAUGUCGCUCCAUAAGCCAACGGCGGCAGCAAAACGGAAUUGACUUGGCCGUCGAAGUUUCGAUCGUUUCCGAACGGCUGUAUAAACUGCACGAGAAUGUUGCGUUGCCCAUUGGAGCAAUGGUAGCGCAGACUGAGUGGCCUGUUGUGCAGAGUGAAGGGUGGUUUGCGCUUGCUCUGAUGGCAUCUACGCAAUUAGGUUCACUGGCCGUUGUCAAUAGCUUGCAGAGUAUGAAAGUUUUCCAACUGGUCAUCGACACAGUUAAAGCGGUUAUAUCUGAGGUGUCGAUUGGGGAGUCGGUGCAGGAGAAGACGGAGCGGUUGAAGAAGUCAAAGGAUCGGGACAAUGCGAUCAUCCUUGUGAAUGGAUUGUUGAAGAACAAUCCAAUAACUCUCCCCAACGCAAGAAGGGAAAUGCUCGAGGACCUCAUGCGUGAUGUUGCAGGGACUUAUAAAGCGAGCUAG